UGACGUGCACCGACAAUGAGCGUGAAGGCUGAGCGCAACCCAGAAAGCAGCUACGCAGGACGGAGGGGCAGAAGCCGAAUGGUGGAGCUGAAGAUGGCGGAUGGCGACAGCGGGAGUGAGCGCGGUGGUAGUAGCGGGGGAGGAGGAGGUGGCGGUGGCGGUGCCGGUGCCGGUGCGGGUGCGGGUGCGGGUGCGGGUGGAAGCGGAAGCGGCUUCCAGCACUUCCAGAGGGACCAGGAGACCCAGGAGCUAGCGUCCAAGCGCCUGGACAUCCAGAACAAGCGCUUCUAUCUGGACGUCAAGCAAAACAGCAAGGGCAGAUUCAUCAAAAUCGCCGAGGUAGGGGCCGGGGGCUCCAAGAGUCGCUUGACCCUCUCCCUGUCGGUGGCGGCGGAGUUCCGCGACUACCUCGGGGAUUUCAUCGAGCACUACGCCCAGCUUGGGCCUAGCAGUCCGGAGCAGAUCGCCCAGGCCACCUCUGGGGAGGACGGCGGGCCCAGGCGAGCUCUGAAGAGCGAGUUUCUCGUCCGGGAAAACCGCAAGUACUACCUGGACUUGAAGGAGAACCAGCGGGGGAGGUUCCUGCGGAUCCGGCAGACCGUAAACCGUGGCCCUGGCUAUGGAGUCGGGGGGCCUUCGGGCGGCAUGCUGUCCGGCCAGACCAUAGCCCUUCCUGCCCAGGGGCUAAUAGAGUUUAGAGACGCCCUUGCUAAGCUCAUAGAUGAUUACGGGGGAGACGACGAGGAGCUGGCCGGGAGCAUGGCCGCCGGGGGCUACAGCGAGCUCCCCGAAGGCACCUCCAUCAUGGUGGACUCCAAGCGGUUCUUUUUCGACGUCGGGUCCAACAAAUACGGAGUGUUCCUGCGUGUGAGCGAGGUGAAGCCAAGCUACAGGAACUCUAUCACCAUCCCGUUCAAAGCCUGGAGCAAAUUUGGAGGAGCUUUCAGCAAAUACGCCGAGGAGAUGAAGGAGAUCCAGGAGAGGCAGAAGGAUAAAACGUACGAGAGGAGAGACGAGUCCGAGGGAGACGAAGUGGACGACGACUGAUACAAUUUAAAAAUAAAACAGCUGUUAGUCAAGUAACAUGACAGAUCUGCAAUUAAAGGGGGGUAUUUUGCAUAAAAGAGAAAAAGCAGAAAUGACAAAGUGCAUGACAAAUCGUGCUGUAAUAGCCUACUAAAGUUUUGUGGCGUAAAAAAAAAAGUACAUGUGCAGGGAAUUAUUGGUGUAUUAUCCUAAGGGUUGGAGGGUUGAGGGUUGGAGUGAUUAUGUGAAUCUGAAAGUGAAAAAAACAAGUGGACUAAAUGUGUAAAUGAGAUAGUCUCAUUGGUAAAAAAAAAAAGAGUGCUUUAUUGUAAUAAAGAGGAAAAAGAGAACCUACUAAAACCAGCAAAUUGGUUUUUAUAACUAGAAAUGAAGCCAAUGAAUGCUUUCCUAUUUGCAACAUAGUUUAUAUUUAAAGAGUGAGGAGUCAACCUGUUUAAGAUGUUUUCCUUGCUCCAAUUUAAGGGGGGAGAACUAGCAUCCAUUGUAUUCCUGUUCCAGUCCAGGGCAGAUUGUGGGAUUUUUGCAAGUCAAUCAGAUGAACCUGAGAAGGAUGUAUAGAAAGCUAGCUGCAGUGGAUUUUUGCAUUAGAUACACCAGCAGCCGUCAAAUAGCACAGAAGCCUGCAGUCAAACGAAAAGAUUACCCAAAAUAUUAGGGGGAAGUUACUGAGAGGAUUAUCUUUAAACCCAAACAACAAGGGCCUUGCAGACUAAACUGAAGCUUUGACUCCUGUAGUUGAUUACAGUGCAGAUCAGCUGGGUUUUAUGUUAUACAUACAAUGUUGGCAAUAUAUUUAAAGCUUAAAUCAUGUUGUUUAAAGUAAGAUUCACUUUCCUCACACCAGAGCAUCCCUGGUGUUUGAGAACAACCAGCCAACAAGUGGAGAGAGGACAGUCUCUUGUUCCCCCUCCAAGGACUUCUAUUGCUCAUUUUCUCCCACAUGUCACUACAAGGGUCCAAAUAUCCGGCAUUCGGAGGGGGGCGCUGCAUCAGAUUCAGCGAAAAGCUCCUCUGACCUUCCAGCUCUGCCGGACUGCAGAGCGUCAGCGAUGAGUUUUCCCAUCAGCCUCUCUGUCACGGUCAGAGCUGAACUGACAACCAGCCACAGGCCACUUUCUGACGUAACUUUCAACAUCUUCCAACACGUGAAGACCCUGGACAGAAACUAAUUGAUGGAUGUUUUUCUUCUUUUUUUUUUUUUUUUUUU